UGAAAAGUAGGUUAUAUGGAUGCCCAUAGAUACACCUUGCUGGAAAGAGAGAAGUGCUGUGCAUUUAAAUGUCUAGCACGUCUUUGUUGAAAAAAAGAAGAAGAAAAAAAGUGAAAAGUGGGUUAUUUGGAGGUCCAUAAACACAUCGAAGAGAUUAAUAUUAGAAUGAAUGCAUGUAUUAGAGAUCUCAUGCUACCUGGGCCAUAUCGCUCACUUGUUAGUGUAAGUAUACAGCUUAGUUCUUUAGCUGUCUGGCCGGCUGUCAUUGCCCGAGCAGUGACGGAUAUUUUUUGACUGGAGGGAGGGCGAAGAAUUUUCAUCUCUUAAGAGUUUAAGAGUGGCCCAGAUCACCGCUGGGUAUAUAAAGGUUGCAACGCUCUCGUCUAGCGGUUCUUGGGAGACGCUAUUUUGGAGGAAAACUCGAGUUGGAAGAUGCUUUGAAACAAGCAAGGACACUUUGAAAGCCAAACCUAGCAAGAACAGACCCAUCAACCGCUUUUGCUGAAGACCACAAUAAUAAUGUUAUAGUGAACCCAGCGGUGACAUAACCUUACCACACGUGUGAAAAAGUGCAGUAAACGUGCGGAGAAUUCCUAAGUAGCUCAUUUCACGUGAAUUGCACACGUUUUCAUGUCGGGGACCUAGAUCUAUAUAUAUGAGACUACCUGAUGGCAAGCCGUAGUCUGGGCAUCAUCCCUGUCUCCAUCUCCAUCCUUGUCUCCUUCAUGUCCGCCAUCUUGAUUCUGGGCACUCCGGCAGAGAUGUACAAACAGGGUGCUGAGUAUUUCAUCUCCCUAUUUGGCAUCUUUUUUGGCAUCCUUAUGGCGGUGUUCCUGUUUGUCCCACUGCUCUACCCUCUCAAGAUGACCAGCGCAUUCGAGUACCUAGAGAGGCGAUACAACUCCAGACUGGCUCGACUUGUCGGAACGUCUAUCAUGAUUGUCACUCAGGUCCGUCACACAGUGUGGGGUCUGGUGUUCGGUGCAGGUUUCCAGUGGAUGACGACAUACGGCUUCAACCAAGCCAGUGUGCAGAGAUAUUGCAGUUUGUCCACACUCAACAAAGCUGGUAAUUUACGGGGCAACCGCUGUUGGUAUGGCCUUUAUUGCGCAGAAUUUGGAGGGUACAGUCUUGCAGGCGGCGGUCGGGCUGAUAGGAGCGGCAGGAGGACCAAUGACGGGCAUGUUUCUGCUGGGAGCCUUCUUCCCCUGGGCCAACAAAUGGGGAGCGGUGAUAGGUGCCUUUGUAGGCGAGGCAAUAGCCAUGUGGCUGGCUAUCGGCUCCUACGCUUACGGAAUUCCAGUGAAACCCAUGCCUUUCCCCAACGGGACGUGUUCGGCGGACCUACUCAACGUCAACGGAUCCAUGACAACGGUUGCUAUGACAACG